AUGAAGAUCAAUGUUUUGUGCACGAUCAUUGUUACGCUGUUGAUGGUGGCGCUGGUCGUUGACUGGAGCGCAUCUGCCUCUUUCGUCUGGUGCGCGCUUCUGGCCUUAACGUUCGUCGGCUUCUUCGCUGUCUUCGAUUCACCCUACGGCGACGAAGUCGACGCUGUUCUUGAAGCAAUAAUGAGCCAGCGUGUUCCCCGCUGUCCUUGA